UGUACUCUUAUCAAAACUGGUAGUGAAUUCAUGCAGCUGUGUCUCGUAUUUACAGUAGUGAACAGUCAGCGGAGUUUCAUAAGUCCGGUAGGUGGCAGUGAAUGUUUUCAGGUAGGGAGGGCAGGUUGGGGGGGCGUGUGUUGCUCUUGCACAAGCGCUCCCAUGUUGCGUAGUCUGAAACCUGACGUGGAGCGCAGCCGAACAGUGAGUGACAGAGUUGCGGCAGGGCAGAACAGAAAAGUGCCGGCGUUGCCCCUGCUCGCGCGCUCCUCUCCGGACCGACUGAGUCGCACGAGACUGGCUACACGCUCAGACACCGGUCGGCUGGCCGCGGGUGACCCGAGGAUCUCACUUUGACGAAAAGACUCGGGCUCCGCUGGCAGGAAAGGUGGAACUAAACUACAUUCAUUGACUUGAGAGCGAUGCACUGGCAGCAUGGCCAAGUGGUUCAAGGAGCACCUAGGAUUCAAAACUACCAAAGCACCCCCUCCGGCGCCUCCGAAACCGGACUACAGACACUGUCACACCGGUGUGCCCGGUACGCCUGGCUACCAACAAACAAGCUCCGGGGCCACCUUCCCGAGCCCCGCUCAGCCGGACAUCCUCGCUGCUUACAAACUACAAAAGGAGCUGGACUUCGAGGACCCGUACACUCCAGGUGGAAAUAUCUCAUUCGGCCCGAGCUUGAACACUGUGGGGUCGCCGGAUAUCAAGUAUGUGUCACCAAAACACCGACUUAUCAAGGUGGAAACAAUCGAAAAGAGCAGCCCAGCUCCAGGCGGCGGUGUUACAGUCACCCAAGCUGUUGCUGUAGCGAGUGUUAAAUCUCCGACCUCACCUCCUUCGGACCACGACAACAAGGAGAAGCUCAUUAUCCUUGAAGACUAUGCGGACCCUUUUGAUGCCGAGCAGGCUGGCGGGACUCAGACAAGUACAGAAAAAGUGACAACUGAGAAUGAUGGCUACAUGGAGCCAUAUGAAGCCCAGAAGAUGAUGGCAGAAAUACGAUCUGGUGGACGAGGACCUAAGGAAGGAUUGGUGAGGCAGCUGCCUCUGUACGACACGCCAUAUGAGCCAGCCGAGAAUGGUGGAGACUCCGACCCCGAGCGCUUGCGCUGCCCCAGGGAAAGCCGACUGCCCCAGGAUGAUGAGCGACCCCCUGAGGAGUACGACCAGCCCUGGGAGUGGAAGAAAGAGAGGAUUUCCAAAGCUUUUGCAGCUCUGCUUUGUUAUGACUGCAUUAGCAACGAGGGCUCUGUAAGUGACACUGGAUCAGGUCCCCACGGAAGAAAGGACUGCACCUCUAAAUCUCUCACAGUAGAGAUUAAAGUGAUCAAGGACCUACCGUGGCCCCCUCCUGUUGGGCAGCUCAACACCAGCCCUCCCGUGGUGGAGGAGCUGGAGUCUCCCUCCCAGACAGCUCAGCCCUCACCAGGACAGAUGAGCUGUGACCAGCACCACCAUGUCCAGUUUGAUGGUGUUGAAAAGUCUCGAAUGUCGCCUACCAAGGAGGGGAAAACCCGGCCGCUGCAGCGACACUCCAGUGGCUGUCUGGUCAACACCAAAAUGACUUCACUGGACCACUGCAGCUCCUCUCUAGGGGAGCGCAUUGACCCCUCCAUGCCCCUGGAGAGCCAGUUCUGGUACCAUGGAGCGAUCAGUCGGACGGAUGCAGAGUCUCUGCUCAGGCUGUGUAAGGAGGCCAGCUACCUGGUGAGAAACAGUGAGACCAGCAAGAACGACUACUCCCUCUCCCUCAAGAGCAGCCAGGGCUUCAUGCACAUGAAACUGUCACGGACGAAGGAGAACAAGUACAUCCUGGGCCAGAACAGCUGCCCUUUUGACAGCGUGCCUGAGAUCAUCCAUUUCUACUCCAGCCGCAAGCUUCCCAUCAAAGGUGCCGAGCAUAUGUCCCUGCUCUACCCUGUAGCCAUCAGGACACUAUAGUGCUCUGGGUCACCUGCAGACGUUGGCCCCUGCAGUACUCACUGCGCCACCCUGUGGCACCACGAUACCUGUCCUUCCGGACAGAAUCCAGUAGGCUCACAGGAAGACGUACAGUGGCAUCCCAAAACUGCUGAUCCUGACUCACCUCACUGGCCAACUGAUUACAGACCUGUUUUUCAAGGCCCACUGCAUACUAUCUUAUACUUACAGACUCAGUGCUGCAGAAGUCUUCAUUAUUUUAUUUUAUUUUAUUUAUGACAGACGCCCAUUUCGCUACAUUGCAGACUGACUAUCUGAUGAGCAUCAUUUCACUGAUUCUUGAUCUGAUUUCCCUUAGCACUUAACACUCAAAGAAAAAUAAAGGUACAACAUUGUAACAUUUGUCACUCGGUUGUACCUCUUUUCGUAUAAUGUUAUACCUUUCCCCUAAGAGUGCACAUCACGAAAAUGUUUUGCUCAUUUGGUUAGGCUCUGUUGAUGCUGUAAUUGUUUUGUGAGGGGACUUGAAGAUUGUAUGAGCCGUGUAAGGGAAGCGACAUUUAUGAGGCAUGUUGAGGGAUAUUGUCCACAUGGGCCCCAUACAGUGGCCGGGUUAUUGAAUAAACUGGCCUUGUAUGAACGGUGUGUCCCCAGCUGUGUGGAAAUAACAGGCCUGUGAACAGUGCAGACUGAUCUCUCUAUCUUGUCAUAGUGUAUGCUGUCUGCUAUCCAUCACUGAGUGGGUGUAUCACACCAGUGACAGUGUAAGUACCAUGGUGGUGAGACAGGUAGGAAAGCAUGAUGGAUGGGUCAGCCCAUCCGACACAGUACAAUUGGCUGAGGCUGGAGACCAGAGCCUGUCCAAAUGGACCAAAUUAGCCCCACUACCCCUGCUUGGAAUGGCUUUGCAUCAGGAGAAUGAAAUAUGCCUGCAUUGUCUACCUCAGAAAAUCAAUUUCAUUCGCCCAUCUGCAGAUCAAUAGGUACAAUGGGAUUGCAGACAUUGAUCUGCCCUCCCUUCGACAUUCCGAUUCCCUUAAAAUUGCAUCAUCGGUUUUAGGAAUAUGGUUUUUUUGAAAACAGUUAAUCCAAGAUUUUUUUAUGAAAACACAAGCAGCUUUUCCAGAUCAGCAAUUGUAUGUAUAGUCACAACGUGAUACUGUGUGAUGUCAGUUAGAAAUGUUUGGUUAAUGCCUUAUAAUGCAUGGAUCAGAUCAGUCCUCUAGAUCAGCUGAUUUCCAAUUCUGCUUUUAACGAUUGUUCUGUGACUGUAAUUUAUUCUGGGGUAAUUAUUACUGAUGUGUCAAUCCUUUGUGGUGGCCCAUCAGCCCCCCUCACCCUCAUUGUUCUGUGCCGAUGUGAUCGUGUUCUUUGGGACUACUCCAGCCUCUUUGACUGUGGUGCUGUUUUUGUUGUAUCAAGUCCUGUUAAAUGCACAUUUGCCUCGGUGGCCUGACUCUGGGACACGAGUCACGGCGUCUUCUGACCAACUCCCGUCAGACCUCACGUGAGACACGAUCUCAUUAUCCCCCCCCCCCAACACUGCUGACUAAUCACAGCGCAGCCUGCUUGAACGUGAUAAACGCUUAAACCUGUCUUGCAUCCACUUUGCAUUCAAAUCUCUCUAUCAUCUACCCCUUUACUACCAGAUGUGCAUACAUGUGUGACUGUGGGUGAGUAUGCGUAUGUGUGCACAGACUCUCUGAGUUCCCCUGUGUUUUUACCCAUGCUGCUACAAACUGGUGACAGCCCUUGCUUGAACCUCUUUGGUCAGCUCCUGUGUUCUCUCCCCUGAACUCAAGAAACUAGAAUUUGGCCCACUGACUCACUAAUUUUCAUUUCUUCUUGUAUUCACUCAUUUGACCACAGCUGAUUUCAGUAACUCAUAGGAAUGACUCGCCUGUCUUUUAACCUGCUCUCUGCAUUUUAUCCAAACAGACCCAAUGAGAUUACAGCUCACAGCAUAUAAAAUUGCUGACCAGUUACAGCAAAAAGGAGCUGAUUUGCCAAUAGUAUCCACACCAUGAACUGGCACUAACGAACCUGCCUAAUACUUGUAUGAUCAAACUGCCUCGCUCUUAUGAGUUGCAAAACUCUGUGGUUUAAAGAGCCAAUCCAAGUGAAAAUGGAAAAAGUCUGAGCUGAAAAUGACUGACACUAGGAAUUUAGCAAGCAUGACCACUGUACAUACAAAGUCAAACGCAUUUUGUCUUUGACUAUAUUUCUGCUGUGUGUGCUAUGCAAAUAUGAACUGCAGUCAUGGAAAGGGAAAUGAUUGUGUGCCUCUUCCAAAUGUUUAUGACAAAUGUGAUGGUACAAACUGUCCAGCAGGAAGAGACAUAAUCAACAGAAUGACCUGAUUAGUAAAAAUAGUUUGCAGAUAGUGGGAUGUAUGCAGAUGUUUAUUUCGUUGGUGCAGUAAGUGAACAGACCAAUGUUGGCGUCAUCAGAUAAGUGUGAGGGGUGUCUUUUCACGUCAUCAGGCAACCUCUGCAGCCAUAUUAAAGAAUAGUAUGUUGUUGAAGUGGACCUAUGUAUUUCUUUGAAAGAAGAUAACUUAAGGAGAAAUGCAAAUGAAAUAGAGUAUAUGUGUGAUGUGUUCUUUAUGCUCCGAAUGUUCCCUGUUUAAGAGAUCAAAUGUUGACAGUACAGGCUAUUUAUUUAGUUACUGCUGCUGAUGAGUAUUACUGUACUACAGGAAAGAGCCUGCGUGGCCGCACUGCCUUGAGAGAGGCCUUAGCUUUGGAGAAAGGGAAUGAAGGGAGGAGGAAAGGGAUUGAGGGGGAGACAGAGGAGAGUGUGUUCUGACGGGGUGUAGGAUUUGCUGCAAUCAGCAGACACACUCUCCACUUUCGUAUAUUUCUAUUAUGAGAACCUGAAAGAGCCCUUCUCCUCCCUCUGAAGUGUCUUAAAGCGCGCAUGUGUGUACACACAAAUGUGCAUGCAUGAAACAGUGUUUGUGUGGGUGUGUGUGCGUGAGUACUGGUGUAAGCAACCAUCAGCCAUUGACUUGCCCCGUGUGUAUCUUGUGUCUCACUUUACUGUGGUAAAGUGACACGUAUGAGUUUCCUUGUGUACAUUUUUGUGCCACGUAUGUAUGCACUACUACAACAUAUCUCUGUACAGUCCCUCAUGGCCAAAUGUAUAUACUGAAUGUAUUGUAUGGGGACAUAGGUUCAAAAUAAAUAAAAUUGGGUUUAUGAGUUUA